AUGAGUAGAAAGGGUAUCGCAAGGCGAAAGCUCUCCUACUCCAAAUCAGGUUAGCUUUGCUUUUUCAAUUUUGCCUUGUGCAUCUGAUGCCUAUUUGAACUGGUUAACGGCCGAAUUACGACUGCAUAACGCACAUUCACCAAAAAAUUGCCGUCUGGUUUCAAAGAAACGUCGUUGUAAACUCACUGUAACUGAUAACUGCACUAAGGGUGCGCACCUCACGUGGUAAGUUUUGGUCUUGGUGCUCAAAUUCGACUAAGUAGCGCCAUGAAGCGAAAGUACAUCUGAAGCGAACUCAGUCAUUCAUUUGGAUGGGAGUUGACAUAGAUCAGUGUUAACAUUGUGAUACUUUGUCUGGGAAUAAAUCAUGAUGCUUGUUGCUUAAGCCAGAAAUUUUCGGAUAAAUAUUUUACCAUUUUGAACUUCUAUGACAAACAGCCACCAAUCAAGUACACUUGCCUUUAUCCAACUAAGUAAUCUGCAGAACAGAGCUUCUAAAAAGAUUGUUUUAGAUGUCAGUGAACUUCGGCCAAAACCUCCCAAAGUAUAUUUGAGUAUGCCAAAGCAAAAUGCAAGCGACAAUCAAACACCACCUCACUGGUAUGGGGGUUAAGACAUUGAUCUUCCCUAGAAGACUGAACAACGUAGUAGCAUUACUGAUACUAAAAUCUCUGCCAAAAUUACUACUUCUAUGCUAGAAUUCACACUCUGGAGAGCUCUCUUUUCUUGAGUGAAAUAUUGCCCUUCCGUUUGCUCUCAUUUAUUUUUUGCCGUUACCUUUAAUCUCAUUCUAUUUGAUUUAAAGAUGAAUGGAUAUCCACUGCCAUCCCUCCAGAUGAAUUCAAUCUGAAGGCUACGCUGAAAAGCGGGCAGGCGUUCAGGUACUUUUUAUGCUGACCAAUAGAUCUCUUAACUGACAGUAUAGCUACACUAGUCGGCUGGGAGCCUGGUGCAUAUCGUCCGCUUGCUGUGACCCCUCUCCCUCAUUGUUCGGCGUUGUAGAGGACAAGAGUCCAAUUGUGCGACUGGCCUCGGAACGUAAUCAUAAGACCACGAGAAAGGAGUCUAUGCUAGUCCGUCCAGGAUGGAAACCAAGUAUGGCGUCGGCAAAUGGCUCAAAACCACUUGUAUUAAGUCCACGACCCAGGAUUUCUUCACGGAAACUGAGGCUUAUUUAUUCUACUUGUUAUUAGUACUAUUAAAGACCUUUGUCGCUCAGCUCGCCAUCACUUCUACUGGUUGCUUUUAUGCUGCUAGAAAUGUUGAGCGAAUCACCCACGUUUCGUUACUACAUUUAAGUCGGGGUCUUAGGACAAACGCAUGAACAGAUGGCCGAAUAAUACUAGUACCUCUUUAAAAUAAAAAGGCACAACGUUACGCAUACUUUGUCUUCCUAUAACUGUUAAACAUCAUUCACGCAGACGCCGCAGUCGUAAAGUUAAGCAACACUGUUAAAAUACACAGUGUCGGUAGUCUUACCAGUUUCAUAACUCAUCACUUUCCUCGUCAGUCAUGAGUUUUAUGCGUCUUCUCUCUAGAUGGGUCGAGGUUGGUUCCACCGCUGAGUUCGUCGGAGUCAUUGGUGAACGUGUUUGGCGCAUCAGACAGUCGAAUGACAACGAACCCGUCUCCUUCCACAAGUCUAGCCUCAGCGAAGCCGAGUUAUCUGCCGUCGGUCAAAUCCCGGAGCCUCUGGUCAGCUACUUCCGUCUCGACAUGCAGUUAGGUCCUCUUAUUCAACACUGGCUCUCCAGGGACCCCACCCUCAGACAAGCCCUUAUCACUUUGCCGUUCGAUUGCUCUAACCGGUUCCGUGGUAUCCGACUUCUGCGUCAGGAUCCCGUGGAGACUAUUAUGGCCUUUAUCACUUCCGCAAACAACAAUGUACCGCGAAUUACGAAGCUACUACUCGCAUUGAGUCGACGUUACGGUAAAGCGCUUGCCCAAGGAAUCGACUGCGAUUCCGCAAUCUACUCCUUUCCCACCUUGGAAGCUCUGGCAAACCCAAGCACUAGGGAUGAACUACGAACACUCGGCUUUGGUUACCGCGCAAAUUUUAUCCCGUAAGUAGCCCUUAACAUAGCUUGUGGUCAUCGAAGGACGCCUUCAGUCGUAUCACCCGUAUUCGCUUCUUCGAAGGGCUGCAGCACAGCAGAUACUUGCAGAGGGUGGUGUGAAACGCCUGCUCGAGCUCCGCAAUGCUUCAUAUGAAGAGACGAAAACCUUUUUACGAAAACUCCCCGGCAUUGGAAACAAGGUGCGCUGCCUCCUUAUUAAAAUCGCACUUUCACCACAAGACGGGACGAAUUGCCUUGUGAUCCAAUGCAUCAAACCUUUUUAUGAUAAUCAGUUGAUCACUGUGCUGCCAGGGGAAUACCUACUCGAAAGUUUCGCACAUAAGCCCUACGCGUCAACCCUGCCUCUUGUAGAAAUGUGUUCAUACCGUCUCUCAUGACGCUACGUUCGCGUCAGUAGACUGCCAGAGCGGCCUGCUAUCGGUUAAUCCUCGUUCAUUAGCCUUUGGCAAUUUUAUUCAGUUAUCGUUACUUGCAGGCGUACGGAUGCCCUAACUCGGUUAAGCUCUCGUAGUUCUGUGGAAUUUCCUUACACGAUACUCGUUCUGGAGUAGUUGCUAGUCGAAUUUAGGUACGCGGGCCUGAUGUAAGUGCUCUUGAAGCUAGAAAGCGCUUUUUUCUGGGAUAAACCUUCUAGACUGUUGAAUAACUGAUAAACGUAAGUAUUAAAUCAACAUUAAGAACACUAACCACCCGCAUAUCGAGUGUCGUAAAUUAAGUCUGAUAUCACUGUUUGCAUUCCGAAGUCUUGACAUAUACGAAUGUGCAUAAUGACGAAAAUCAAAAAAAAAUAAUAGAACUUGAGAGGAUGUCCUAGCCAGUACAUGCGUGGACAAGAGAUUUGAUUAAGUUGAGGCUGCCUGGUUUUCUGUUCGCACAGGUGGCCGAUUGUAUCUGCCUAUCGUGUAUGGACAAGGUGGAUGUGGUGCCCGUUGACGUACACAUCGCCCGAGCGGCAAUGCUUCGUGGCAUAGAAGUGCCCAAAUCUCGGUCCUUAACUGAAAGGGCCUAUAAAUGCAUUUCUGAGGGGUUGUCCCAUCUUUGGUCACCCUACGCCGGCUGGGCACAAGUGGUAAGCAAUCUGUCCCAAUAUGUAAUACAUUAUACUAUAUAAUUCGAUAUAUGUCGUACCGACUCCGUACAUUAAGGACGUCUCGGAGGCCGUCAGUCGCCUUCUCGCACCACUCGGUGUUAGGCUCGCACACAGACCGGAGGCAGCCAUUGGGCGUCAGGUAUUAAGACCAAAAGUCCUAAUACCACGACAAAAACAUCGGGAGUCGUUUAUCGAAUCUGGUACAGUUGCGGGCAAAGCAAUUAUGUCGGGAAAACUGGAAGAAUGCUCCAGAUGCGAAUCGCCGAACACGCGGCAGCAGUGCGGAGAAAUGAUGCCUACUCUGGAGUCGCGGCCUAUUCGACGUGACCCGGCCACACAUUAAAGUUUAGUGAGGACAAAAUUUUGGCGAGAGGUGAUAAUCGCGUAAGGCGCGAGUUGCUCGAAUCAUUGUUUAGGGGACCUCCGCCUAUUAACAAGUGCAGUAAUAUCCCCACUCCAUAUUCGGUACUGAGACUUGAUCUGGCCAAAGUAAUUAGCCACUCAGAGAGAACACAGGCCGCUGAACCAGGUGGCCGACCGAUCAUCACUCCAAAAUUCAACACAAAUGAUAAAAUUUCUGCAAUUAACAACUUGCAUGUCGGCCAUCGAGAAAUUAGCGCACCAGGGGACAGCCAUUCUCGAUGAAGGGGACAGCCGUUAAUUAUCACAGGUAUGCAGUAGCAUAGUGACUGCGUCCUUGGAAUACUACUACUUCCUGUGUAUGAAUUACCUGUGUCUGACACUGUCUCUGAUGAUGGGUUCGAGUGUGAAUCCUAAACGUCAGACGAACAAAGCCCUUGUUCCAUUGGUUGCAUCUACUUCUUACCAACUUCUUCCUGGAACUCGCAUUUUCGCUUGCAUCGGCGUGACGUUCCAUUGUUAAACAGAAAAUAAAUUUUACCAUUUGUUGGACAUUCUGAAAACGGUACAAGUUGCUCCGCUGGUGCCCUCUAUUAUCAGAGUAGAGUGCUUACGAAAUUGCUUUACUCGGGCGAGCUCACCGAAAAAGGAGAAAUUGAGUCCUAGGCCUUUUCACUAAUUUGCCUAUUUUCUUCAGAUCGCCUUCUCGCUCCAUCUACAUGGCGUUGGUGGAACAAACUCCAGGUGAUUUACACAUUUUUCUAUUUUAACUACCUUUUUCCCUUUCAUUACCCAUUUGUAGGCAAUCUCUUUCAGCAUAAGGUUCUGUUAAUGCCUUAGACAUUUCAACAACUUGAAGCUCCUGAUAUAGUCCGUUUUCAUGUUCGUAUAGAACAUUCAGUACGGUCAAACUAGGCUGCAAUUUCGUUUUUUCGUUUCAAAUCAGGUUUAGCUAUAGUUAUCUUAACUUGGCCAAUAUCAGACUGCUUGGCGGUUGCCUGUUUGUGACCUCUGCCUCCUAUACGGAACUUUUUUUGCUUCUAAAAGCCAGUAAAUCGGCAUUAACGACUUUCCCACGGUAUAUACAUACAGUGCGUUACUUUACUCAUGAAAUGUGUCGAAAAUUACGAAUUAUUGCCAAUCACUCGUACACCGACACCAUUUCAUGAGUCCAAUGUCUAUGUUAAUUAAGUAAAUGUUUAAAAAAAGUAAAAACAGAAGAAAUAUUAAAGGCGGUGUUGCGUCGUUUAGAAAUGCCGAUUUUUUAAAAAACCGCAAUAUCCCCAAAACGUCAGAAAUGGCUCAAAUUUAGUGAACUUCGUUUUUAGAUUUAUAUAGUGUAUUCUCAUACCAAAAACGUAGUAAACAUGAACGUGGAAAUAAAAUAACAUCUAAUGAUAGUGUUUCAGUGAAGUUUACAUCUAAAUAUCGUUUAAUAUUUAGUGUGGUUCCAUAUAUGACGGUUUGUUAACUGCCUACAUUCUGAGUGUAGAUUCCAAAACAUUUUUCCAGGGAUUCGUGGUAUUCUUGACUCAUUUGAGUUAAAUGAGAUGGGGUUCAACAAGAGAAGCUGGAUUUUGCUUGAUCUGACCGAUGGGGACGUCGUAGGAACAAAAGUUUUCUUAAGGUGACGUGCUGUCAGGCCGAUCGGUACCUAAUGACUUUAAAUAGAACUUACAGGCGCGAUCGUAAACGUACCAUUUUGUGUUUCUAAAGAGAGCUUUUCUUCCGUCAAAUUAAUUUAAACUUUUCGUUCGUUUUCGACUACGUUAAGUUUCAGAUCGGCCUCGAAAUGUUGAUGAAUACUUCAUGAUUUUCAGUGUUUUCAUCCGAUCGUCCAUAAAGUCAGAUUCUGAAUUACCUGUCUCUUAAGAACUUUAAAAUAAGAUUAUUCCUGAAGGCAUUUACCGAAUAAGUGAGUGUUCGGGCGCUCCUUUUCACGCAGAUUGUCGUUUGGGUCACAUGUGAAGACACAUUCGAACAUCAAACUUCAUUUUCGAGAAAAACAGCUGUCCACAACAAAACUCGGCAACGAAUAUGCCUUCGAUCAAUAAGAAAACUUCCCUUUAUAAGUUACCUUGGGCCCCUUGUCCUGUCGGUUUCGAUCGGGAAUGUACAAUGGUAGAGGGACGCUCACUGAUCGUUCUUACGGAACUCACUCGUUCCGUUGUGUCAUUCCAGUCUCCCUUGUCUUUGUUGAUAAUAACAUACUGCCUAUAUCAUGCGCCGCUGUGUGGCUGCUGGUUGGCCUCGAGAGAGAGAGAGAGCCCGUAAUGCACGAAGGAACUAGUUAGCUCCGUAAGAAUGAUCGGUGAGCGCCCCUCUACCAUUGUAUAUUCCUGAUCGAAACCGACAGGAGAACGGGCCCGUGGCCCAGGUUUUCUGAUCAUAUCCUAUCAGACGUCCACAAACCUUGGGGCCCAGAAGGGUAACACACAGCCCUGCAUUUGCCUGGCGCGCGAGGUCCGGAUAUCUUCUCGCGUUCAUCAUCCCUUGAAGAAGACAACGUAGAAGAGAGGGCGAUUUCAUGGCCCGAAUUCUAUUUGGACUGACGUUCCGGAUACCUCGCUUCUAUCAUUAGAGUUUUGUGGUCGUUGCCCGCCUCAUAUUGUAACCGUGCUCGACGCACGAACUUUGACCUGCCCGUUUGCUGCCGACUAGCUUUGCCCUCCCCCCUUCCCCCGAGGAUGGCCCCUGGCGGACUCGCGUGACCGUUGUCCCCUUGUGGGCCGGUGUAGUUGUAGCCAAGUCAACGUGGUUGUCGGCCUCCCCCGCGCCAGUCCGCCGACUGAUCACUUGUUGCCGUUCGGACGAGUUGCCUUCAGCCUCGCAUGCGCGCCGGUGAGGCAAUGUUAGAUGCUGGUCAUUUGACCUCUGGCCGUCGCCCCCCUUUUUCCAGCGUGUGUUGUCUCUCGGGUUCGCCUGCUUAGCUGUCCUUUGUACCCUCCCCGAGCCUAUUAAGUAGCGUCUGGUAGGCGGGAUGCAGGUUUAUGGCCCGGUUGAUUGUGCCCGUCAAGGUCGUCGAGUCAGAAAGUAAUGUUUGACCUUGGAACCAAUUCCUUGGGAUAAACUUUCUCAUCAAAUCAAAAUCUUAACAGUCCGUCGCGGAGGAUAUUCCAGAAACUUCAUAGGAACGCUGGUUGACCAACUUAUGUGUGGUAUUUCUCGUAAUUGGGUCGUACAGCAGCACAAAGUCGACAAAGCACUGUGGCAAAUCUAUCAGUAUUUAUAUACUAGUGGACGACCUGUUGACGGAGUACUAGUAUUACGCGGUUAUUUCGCUGCAGUCGAUGGAGUUUAGCUGAUAUAUUUGGCAGGGCUCGAUAAUAUGGAUCCUCCGUGUUAAGUGUAGUCCUAUGCCAAAUUCCAGGGGAUAAGGUUGAAGCUAGGACACGGGAAUAGGUGCCUCUCUGUAAUUCAGCGAUAGGUCAUCUAUACUACGAGGGGUCCGUUUCCACCUGUCCGACCAAAUAUUCAUAUCAACUUUUGGACUGAAACUGAAGGGUCUUGUUUCUAACAAUUUACUAAGAGUUCACCCAUUAAUUUCUUCGUGUAUCUGAAGAAUUCGAUGGACCUUGUUUAAAAAAUGCAUUUUCGCCCCGACGCCUGCUAGCAUCGUCAAGUGCUGACGCCCGAAACGGUCGUUGGGUUAUUAUAGAGGUCCGCCGUCCGCCUCUCCGUCAGUGUGCGACGGGCACACAUGUACUCGUUGCGAGGUGUGCCGCGCGGAUCGAUAAUGGCCCCUGGUGUAGGAUAUACGUCGCCGUGCGAUUGUUAACACUCCCACUUUUUAGUCGCUAGGGCUGAUAGAUGCCGGCCGUCUAUGGGCCGCGAUGGUGACCGGCAUGCUUGUCCGUCACGUCUGGCUGAGGUUGUGAAGAUGAACGUAAUACUGGAGGUUGGCCAGUCGAUCGAUCGAAUUUACCUGGAGAACCGGGCUUCAGACGGUAUAAUUUAUCUACCGAGAAGCUUUGUAAUGUUCUAGCCAGAUGUGUGCCUUCCUUUCAGCAACGUGAGAGUUGGGGUCUGUGCGCCAUCUGAUGUUCGUGUAGACGGGUCUCCGCCGGUCCCUGAGCACAGUUGCAAUCACCGUCUAUACACUAUCCUGCACAUCGCGGCCGGGUUCAUCCACAGACCAGGGAGCCCGUGGGCUGCGGCAGAGUCCGGCGGUGUGGCUUCUGGUCUGUAGGCUCUCGCCCAGCCAAGGCGUACUUACGCUGUGCAGCUGUCAUUAUGCCUGGUCCAUCGUCCUCGAUGUAGCGGAUUGCGUCCUCCCCACGCAACGAACCUGGAGAGGUCGACCCGUGCUUUAUGCCAGCUUUCUUCCGGAUGAACUAUAUGGGGCCAUAUUUUGAGUAAAUCCUCUCGCCGCCUUCAAUUACCCAGUGGCUUGUCUUGAAGGGCAUUAGCACUGAACUCACGGGACAGCGGGAGUAUAUCUCUCCUCAAUUUCUUGUGGCCCACCUUCAAAUGUGUUAUGGAAAAGAAGUGAAUAUGCUAUUUAGCCAAACAAAUAGUUAUGUGAAGUAUCACAUCAACGAUUGCUUUGCCAUAGUCCCAUCACAAUUUGCAGCUAGUGCCUAGUGAUUUGACUGCUCUUCGGUUUGAUCCGCUCAGACUAACUAUUUGAUCCCAUUUAUCCACAACUGGCUGACCAUCGCAAGACUAGACGACAUCUUUCUAUCCUUAAAAGCCACAGGUAGACUAGAGAAGUGAAGUUCUCGCACUGGGGCUCGCAAAACCGAACGAGCUUGUUGAACAGUGUAUGUCAACCUGUCAUCUUCUCUCACCAAACUUGCUUCUACUUUUGUAGAAAAGUGCGGUCUCUCAACCCCCUGACACUGCCACCGCCAGCAAGCUAUAAGAAAAGGAGGAAGCCCAACCGGAUCACUUAG